AUGGCCCCUCUGUACCGGGAAGAUAGUCCCUUGCUAGGGCCGUCCGCUGCCGAAGCGGCGGGCACGGCAGAGCGAGCAUCUUCGACAUCGUCCUCCAUCCGCAAACCCUCGAGCGAAGCCGACGAGGCCGGCUCGACCACCUCCCAACCCGAAUUCGGCAAUAUUGAAGACGACGUCCUCCCGGAGGAAUCUGUCCUGGGCCGCAAUAUCGACUGGAAGAGCGCCUACAUCAUCGCCAUAUCCCGCGUCAUCGGCAGCGGCAUCUUCGCCGUCCCGGGCGUCAUCCUGACCUCCGUCGGCAGCGUCGGCCUCUCCCUCUCGCUCUGGGUCCUGGGCGCCGUUGUCGUCGCCUGCGGCCUGGCCGUGUCGCUGGAGUACGGGUGCAUGCUGCCCCGGUCUGGCGGCGACAAGGUCUACCUCGAAUUCACUUACCCCCGUCCGCGCUUCUUCGCCUCGACCAUGAUCGCCGUACAAGCCGUCCUCCUCGGCUUUACCGCGAGCAACUGCAUCAUCUUCAGCCAGUACGUCCACUUCGUAUUCGACGUCGAGACACGCGACUUCUCCAAGAAGGCCCUGGCCGUCGGGCUCAUAACCGUCAUCACCAUCAUCCACGGCUGCUGGUACAGGGCCGGCAUCCGCAUCCAGAAUUUCCUCGGCUGGAUCAAGGUCGGGCUGGUCCUGUUCAUGGUCCUCGCUGCCCUCUACGUCGUACUAUUCCGCCCCGAGCAGGAGGGCCUGGGAAAUGAGCGGGUGGGCAUUCGGGACUGGGAUGGGCUGUGGGAGGGGAGCGACUGGAACCUAGGAACCAUCGCGACGUCCCUGUUCAAGGUCUUCUACUCCUACGCCGGGCUGUCUAACUUGAACAACGUUAUGAACGAGGUGAAGGACCCGGUUAGAACCCUAAAGUCGGUCUCGCUUACGGCCCUCGUGACGGCCUGCUUCCUCUACCUGCUCGCGAAUCUCGCCUAUUUCGCGGUGGUGCCGGUUGACGAGAUCAAGCAGAGCGGCCAACUUGUCGCCGCUCUCUUCUUCGAGCGCACGUUUGGCCCGAACGUCGGCAAGAGAUUUUUGCCGCUGGCUGUCGCCCUCUCGGCUGCGGGCAACGUGAUGGUCGUCACAUUCGCCGUGGCACGUCUUAACCAGGAAAUUGCCCGCGCCGGCUUCUUACCCUACGCGAGAUAUCUCUCCUCAUCCAAGCCGUUCAACGCGCCGAUGGGCGGUCUCAUCGUGCACUACAUCCCCUCCGUACUAGUCAUCGCACUCCCACCCUCGAGCGAGGUGUACUCGUUUAUACUGGAGGUGGAAGGGUAUCCGGGGCAGGUAUUCGCACUGGCGACAUCGAUAGGGCUUAUCUGGCUGCGGUAUAAGCGACCGGAAUUGAAGAGGCCGUUCAAAGCCUGGAUUCCGGCCGUGAUCUUCAGGAGCUUGCUGUGCCUCGCUCUGCUUGCUGCGCCUUUCUUCCCCCCGUCGCAUCCGAAACCCGGCGGACUUUUCUACGCGACUUACGCCAUCGUUGGCGUCGGCAUACUCGUAUUUGGUGUCGUGUACUGGUUGGUUUGGACAGUGAUAUUGCCCCGACUGGGCCGAUACAGGCUCGAGGAGAAGCCCGACGUAUUAGACGACGGGACGGCCAUCACCGUCCUGACGCGGCCCGAGACUUACGAGCGGCCGACGUCGGCACACAAGGUCCACAUUACCGACGUCUCGGGCCGGGAGGCCGAGUUCACGCUCGACGGCAACGGCUUCCAGUACUACCGCCACACCGCCCAGGAGAAGGACUUCGCCGACGACGACCAUAUCAAGGCCGUGUACUACCCGGAGACCGAGCAGCUGCUGAAGGAUGUCACCGGCGCGUCCAAGAUCUUCAUCUUUGACCACACGAUCCGGCGGAACCCGGCAGACCAGCGGGCGGCCGCGGACCGGAGCCGGGCGCUGCGGGGGCCGGUGAACCGGGUGCACAUCGACCAGACGUACAGCGCGGCGCUGUCGCGGGUGCCGCACCACCUGCCGGCGGAGGAGGCGGCGGAGCUGCUGAAGGGGCGGGUGCAGAUCAUCAACGUGUGGCGGCCGAUCCGGCAGGUGCUGCGGGACCCGCUGGCGAUCGCGGACGCGUCGUCGGUCGGGGAGGAGGAGCUGGUGGCGAUCCCGCUCAUCUACCCGAACCGGCGCGGCGAGACGUUCGCGGUGCGGCACACGCCGGCGCACCGGUGGUACUACAAGUACGGGCUCGACACCGACGAGGUGCUGCUCAUCAAGUGCUUCGACAGCAAGACCGACGGCCGCGCCCGCCGCGUGCCGCACACCGCCUUCGCCGACCCGAACACGCCCGACGGCACCCCGUCCCGCCAGAGCAUCGAGAUAAGGGCGCUCGUCUUCCACCCGGACGACAGGGACUAG